GUGCCAGCGGUAGGACGUCAGCGGAGAGGGGGCCCAGGGCUGGGGUUGGCAGUGCUGGCUCCGCGACGGAGCUGACUCUCAAAGAAGGAUUUGGAUGCUGGAAACUUGUUUGAGAAGCGAUUGCAGAAAGUACCAGUAAGGACGAAGGAACUUGGAAGGACUGAGAACAGGAUGCUGCCCAUCACAGAUCACCUGCUGGACCUCCUGGGGCUGGAAAAGACAGCCUUCCGCACCUACGCAGUGUCUGCGCUCCUCCUCUCCCUGCUCUUCUCCUUCUUCCGCCUGCUGCUGCAGUUUGUGCAAAUCUGCUGGGCCUUCUACACCACCUGUCGCCGCCUGCGCUGCUUCCGCCAGCCACCGAGGAAAAACUGGCUCAUGGGUCACCUGGGCAUGUACCUUCCGAAUGAGAAGGGUCUUCAAGAUGAGAAGAAGGUGCUGGACACCAUGCAUGACGUGCUCCUGGUGUGGGCUGGGCCUGUCCUGCCGCUAUUGGUCCUGGUGCACCCUGAUUAUAUCAAGCCUGUUUUGAGCGCCUCAGCUGCCAUUGCCCCCAAGGAUGAGUUUUUCUACAGCUUCCUGAAGCCUUGGCUGGGGGACGGGCUUCUGCUCAGCAAAGGGGACAAGUGGAGCCGGCACCGGCGUCUGCUGACGCCUGCCUUCCACUUUGACAUUCUGAAGCCGUACAUGAAGAUCUUCAACCAGUGCGCCAACAUCAUGCAUACUAAGUGGCGGCGGCACCUCGGAGAGAAGUCGGUGGCCUCCUUUGAUAUGUUUGAGCACAUCAGCCUCAUGACCCUGGACAGUCUUCAGAAAUGCGUGUUCAGUUACAGCAGUGACUGCCAGGAGAAGAUGAGCGAUUACAUAUCAGCCAUCAUUGAGCUGAGUGGCCUGGUCGUUCGGCGCCAGUAUCGCCUCCAUCACUACCCGAAUUUCAUCUACUACCUCUCAGCUGAUGGGCGGAGAUUCCGCCGGGCAUGUGACAUUGUGCACCGUUUCACCACUGAGGUCAUCCAGGAGCGGCGGCAGGCACUGAGCCAGCAGGGGGUGGAGAAGUGGCUGCAGGCCAAGCAGGGCAAGACCUUGGACUUCAUUGAUGUGCUGCUCCUGGCCAAGGAUGAAGAUGGAAAGGAACUGUCUGAUGAGGACAUCCGAGCUGAGGCGGAUACCUUCAUGUUUGAGGGUCAUGACACAACAUCCAGUGGGCUCUCUUGGGUGCUGUUCAACUUGGCGAAGUACCCAGAGUACCAGGAGAAGUGCCGGGAAGAGAUCCAGGAAAUCAUGAAAGGCCGGGAGCUGGAGGACCUGGAGUGGGACGACCUGACCCAGUUGCCCUUCACCACUAUGUGCAUCAAGGAGAGCCUGCGCCAGUUCCCACCGGUCACCCUGGUCUCGCGCCGCUGCACUGAGGACAUCAAGCUCCCAGAUGGGCGCAUCAUCCCUAAAGGAAUCAUCUGCAUGGUCAACAUCUACGGGACGCAUCACAACCCGACAGUGUGGCCUGACUCCAAGGUGUACAACCCUUACCGCUUCGACCCACUCAACCCACAGCAGCGCUCACCGCUGGCCUACGUGCCUUUUUCCGCAGGACCUAGGAACUGCAUUGGACAGAGCUUCGCCAUGUCGGAGAUGCGCGUGGCCGUGGCACUCACGCUGCUGCGCUUCCGCCUGAGCGUGGACCGAACGCACAAGGUGCGGCGGAAGCCGGAGCUCAUCCUCCGUACAGAAAAUGGCAUCUGGCUCAACGUGGAGCCUCUGCCUCCACUUGGGGCCCAGGCCACGCCCAGAGAGUCCCAGGCCCCGCCCCUAAGAGCCCAGGCCCCGCCCCCAAAGUACUGAGGGCGCAGUCCCGCUAGAAGUCCAGGCUUGCUGGAGGAACAGAGGCCUCAGCUGAUCAGCGUGUUGGUGUUGGCCGCGCCCCUCAAGACAAGCUCCACUCCCUGAGUUCCGCACCUGCCCUGCAGCUGGAGGGACCAAGUUCGGCCCGGCUCCCUCCGAGUCCCUGGAUUGAAGUACUCAGGGCACACCCCUGGGAUCCAGCUUCCCAGGCUCUGCCCACUGAACCUUCCAAGGCCUGAGAUCCGCCUCUCGAACUCAAGACGCACCCUUCCCUGCUGGCUGGACCCAGCCUGGCUUCUAAAUUGAAGACUUGGAAGCUGGAGCCUGAGGUCAGAGCCGAGCACCUGGACACUGCCUUUCUCAGGCCUCCGCCUCAAAUGAACAGACGUCAUCCCAGGUCUCCGACUGUUUGCCUUUGUAGUUUUGUAAACCUACCUACCCUCUUCCUACCUUUCCUGAUCACAGACCCUUCGCUAAGUGUUCUGAUUUUUGAAGAAUAAAAGUACAGGGUCGCAGAUACCUCCUAUCUCCCACCCCUCAGCCCAGACCAUAGAUCUGGAGCCAGGGCUCUGGGCAGCUGGGAGGUUGCACACUGGGAGGCCAGGAAGCAGUUUGUAUUAGGACAUAAACUCAGCUGUUUCCGGAAAAAUUGUGCAUUUGUUUAUUUUGUCAAUAUGUUCAUUAAAUGUCUACUAG